AUGCUCCGCAAACCCGACUCGGCCCUCGCCCUUGGCCUGUUCGAGCACUACUUCAAGCUCGAGGUGCCGGGCGGCGGAGGCGGCGCUGUGGAAAGGCAGGCGUUCCUGAUCCCUCAGACCUAUUCGGUGGACCAGGUCAAGAGACAUGUGUUCAAGUACGGAGACGGCUUCGGCGACCUCUGCCCCGACGACUUCCAGCUGGGUAUCGCCGACGACCAGCGCUUUACGAUCGAGUUUGCCGUGUUCGUGAAGGCUCACCCGACGAUCGUGGAGUCCUUGAAGAACGGCGAAGCUGCUGUGGUCUCACUCUUCCCCUCUACCACCGGCAGCUGGACAGGCGACACCUUUCGCCGAAGGUCGCAGACGCUGCAGAGGAUGGAGGCGCAGACCGCGGAGAAGGGCUCCCGAAUCUUGUCGACGGCGGCCAAGUUCGGCGGGACGACCAUCAUCCAGCCCGUCCACAAGAAGUCCCUCAGCGAUGAGCUGAUCGACCGCGCGUUUAACUCCGAGCUCUACCGUGGCCCUACCGACCAGGGAGGCUCCCCCGAUUCCAAGGCCGGUUGGCGCAAAACUCGACCCACCACCUUCUUCGCCCAGGGUGCCGCGGAGGGGUUGGUUCCUAAUGCCACCGCCCAAUCGCCGGAAGCCCUGAUGGCAACCUACGACAGGAACAAUGCACCGAUCGUCAUCGUCUGCCCGGGCUACCUGGUCGAGAACGAUGCCUCGUCGGCACACGUUCGCCCCACCAACGGGUCACAUUGGAAGCUGUGCCAAAUCGACGCGCGGCAGCUGCGACUGGAGGAAACCAUCUACGACGCCUGCAGCUACAACCGAUUCUUUUACUCCAAGCACCAUGUCAACUUUGGCGGGGUGCACAAGACGGAAGGGCCGCUAGUGGUGUCGCUCCUCAAAACGCCGGUCAACGUGGCAGCCGACGAUGCCGCUGUACAGAACAUCGACAGCAACAGCUCCUCUUUCAAGACCAAGGCGCAGCGAUUCCGCGUCCUCGUGUGGUCUAAAUACGGAGAGAAGCAGGCACUCGUAGCGUGGAGCCAGCGACUCCUGGGCGCCAGCAGACCGCCAGGCAAGCGCCUCCUUAAAGCGCUGCAAAGCACAAGCCCUGAAUUCUUGGGCCAGGAAAAGGUGGCCGAGGAGUUGCUCGAGAUGGAGCUGAAGCAGGUGGUGUCCAACUACAAGUUUGGCAUCCUCUACGCCAAGGAGGGACAGUACAGGGAGACCGACAUGUUCUCCAACGAACACGGGAGCGAAGCGUUCGAGCACUUUCUCUCGAUGAUCGGUGACAAGAUUGCUCUCGAGGGGUGGACACAGUACCGAGCGGGCCUCGACGUCCGCAUCAAUGCGACGGGCACGCACAGCGUGUACACAACGUGGGAAGACUAUGAAGUGAUGUUCCACGUGUCGACGUACCUGCCCUACGACGACAAGAACCGCCAGCAGCUCGAGCGGAAGCGGCACCUCGGCAACGACAUCGUCGUGCUCAUCUUCUCCGACGGCAACACGCCCUACCUGGCCAACGCCAUUAAAUCCGAAUUCAACCAUGUCUUCAUCGUCGUGCAACCCGUCAAGCUGCCCAGCGGCGCGGUGGCCUACAGAGUGGGCACCACGUACAAGGAGGGAGUGAAGAGGUGCACGCCCCACCUGCCCGACCCCAACGAAUACGUCUUCGCCCACGGACCCGCGUUCCGCGAGUUCCUCCUCACCAAACUGAUCAACGCCGAGCGGGCCGCCUACUGCGCGCCCUCCUUCGCGGCCAAGAUCAACCGAACGAAGACGAUGCUCCUCGAGGGCCUCCUCAGCGACUUCCCUCCGCCCGUGAGCGGCAGCUGA